AAAAAGUGCAUUUGUUCAUCCAUCGCAACACUAUUAAAAUAUUCAACAUCUUUCUCGCUCUAAUCCUCUCUCGCUUCCUGUACAUUUAUAUUCCUUAUUCCACCACUUACCUAUUUCAAAGAAAAGAUGUCUGACAAUGUGGCACAUGCGCUUGCCGGCGCCGGCGGAGGCAUCAUCUCCAUGGCAGCAACAUACCCGCUGAUAACCGUGGGCACCCGACUGCAGGUGCAACGCAACACCAAGGACUCGACGUCCUACACGGGUAAUAUGGACGCCCUGCGCAAAAUCAUUGCCACAGAGGGAGUCGCAGGGCUCUUUUCCGGCCUCGAGUCCGCCAUCUUUGGCGCAGCCGUGACCAACGGCGUGUACUACUAUUUCUUUGAGGCUGUCAAGGCGGCCUUUGAACGCGCGUCGCAGCGCAAGAGCAUGAGCACGGUGGAGAGCAUGGUUUCAGGCGCCGUCGCUGGAGCCAUGACUUGCAUCAUCACCAACCCCAUAUGGGUAGUCAACACCAGGCUGACAGUCAAGCAGAAGAAGCUGCAACAGCAGGACGACAAUACUGGCGAAAGCGGUAACAGGAAUGAGUCGCCGUCAACGCUGCAGGCGUUUGCCGAGAUUAUCAAGGAGGACGGCUUUUUGUCGCUGUGGCAGGGCUUGAUCCCGGCCCUGAUCCUGGUCAUCAACCCGAUUAUCCAGUAUACGGCGUUCGAGCAGCUGAAGAACCGUGUUGAACGAGUGCGCAGGCUUGGGUCAUUGGACUUUUUUGUUCUCGGCGCUAUCUCCAAGCUAUGCGCCACCAGCGUCACAUACCCGUACAUUUUGAUCAAGUCGCGGAUGCAGCUGAAACAGUCUAAGAACGAGAACGAGCGCUACUCGUCGUUGGCUGACGGUCUGCGCAAGGUCAUCGCUCAAGAAGGCAUUGCUGGCUUGUACAAGGGCAUCGAGAGCAAGCUGGUGCAGUCAGUGCUCACCGCAUCGAUCCUGUUCAUGUCCAAGGAGGCCCUGUUCUCGUAUGCCGUCAAGCUUCUGAUUAUUCUGGGCGCGCGCAAGUCAAUUGCCAGUGCGAGAAAAUAACC